AUGGCUUUUCAACAACCAGGAGCAGAGUCUAAAACGAUUCCACUGAAAAUAUUGGUGGACAAACAAAGAAACAAAGUUGUUUUUGUGGAAACAACUAAAGAUUUUGUUGACACCCUUUUCAGCUUCCUUUCUCUUCCUCUUGCUACCAUUGUUCGUCUUUUAGAAACAAAUAACAAUGGCAAACAACAAUCAGAGUCUUCACCAUUCCUUGAAAACAUAAAAAAUCUCUACCAAUCUGUCCAAAACCUCGACUCAGACGAUGUUUGGAACAACCCUGUCUGCAAACAAAUAUUGUUGCGUCCCAGAAAUCCAUGUGAAUCUCUUUGCAUGAAACUGUUUAUGGAUAUCGAAGAAACUGAACUAUCAACUAAGUUUUUUGUUUGCGAUUCUUGUAACAAGUUUACUACUUUUCCAAAUAUUCGUUGUACAUGUGGAAAAUCCCCUAAUAAAAAGCCUCGGAAUUUGGAUAUUCAGACUCGGAAGAGUGCUCAAGAUGGUGUAUUUGUUAGAGAUAAAGGAUCAAUGUUUCUGAUUUCUGAUGAUUUGAAGGUUGUGUCGAGUUCCAUGUUGAGCUCCUUAGAGAUGUUGAUCAAAUUGGGCUGUUCAGACUUGACUCAAUUAGAGGAAAUCACACACAACAUUGGCAAGCAUGAGAUAUUAAACCUUCUCAAGUAUACUCUAAUCUCUGAUGAGCCUCUCACAAAUACAAUCUUGGCAAGUAGCUCCAAAAACAAAGAUAUCCCGCCUAACCAAUUUGCAUCGACAGUUAGAGUGACUCCUUUAGCUAAUGACAUCACCCGGAAAAUAGAUGUGAAAGUAAUGCAAAGUAAAUCUCAGAAAAAUAUAAUCUAUGCCGAAACCAAUGGAGAUUUUGUUGACUUCAUUUUUAGCUUUCUUACAAUGCCAUUAGGGUCCAUUGUAAAACGUUUGGGAGUUAACUCUUUUUCUGGAUGUGUUGGUAAUUUGUACGAGAGUAUGAUGAGUUUUGAUCCCACUUCAGUGUUACUUAAUCCUGGCAUUGUACAACAAUUUAGGUGUCCCAACUAUCCUCUCAAAAUUCCCCAUGUAUUUCCACUUCCCACUACAUAUUAUUAUGGUAUGCAAGACAAGGGAUAUUACUAUGAAUAUAGAGGAUUGAUUUCUAAGUCACGGGAAUCUAUUAAUCGCCCAACAUCGUUGAUUUCACUUGACCUCGACAUUUUAAAAUACGGUGUUGUGGGAUUUGUGAAGAAAGAUUCAUUAUAUGGUGUUGGAGACGAUCUAAAAGUAAAACCCUUUUCUGCUAAUUUUUGCUUUUCGUAUCUGAAAGAAUUGAAUCUUUCUCUUGAUGAUCUUGAAGUGAAGGUGAUAAGCAUCGGCGAAGUCGAGGCUUUGAGCCUCCUUGGAGUUUGUGUGACAUCAAACUUUACCUUGACUAGUGGACUCAAACACUUCUUGAAUGUCCCAAAACAAGAAUCAACUUUGACAUGA